AUGCCUCGGCCAGGGGAGAGCGCCCCCCGCACGGUGACGCUGAUGCCUGGGGAUGGCAUUGGCCCGCUCGUUGCUGACGCCGUGGUGCAGGCUGAGUUCCCACAGCUGUCCAGAUCUUGCCUUUCCCCCCGACCUCAUGUAUCUCUCCCCUUCCCAUCCCACCUGCUUUCCCUUGCUGUGCGCGCUCCCCGCUGCCCCUCGCAGGUGCUGACGGCCAUGUGGGCGCCGGUGCAGUUUGAGGUGUGUGAGAUCAGCGGCAGGAUGCCGCGCCUGCCUGCAGACGUGCUGGACUCGCUGCACCGCAACGGCGUUGGGCUCAAAGGUGGCCUCGCCACGCCUGUGAGUGCUCCGCCUGACGUGCUGGACUCGUUGCACCGCAACGGCGUCGGGCUCAAGGGUGGCCUCGCCACGCCUGUGAGUGCUCUCUGCUCUGUGCCUU